UUUCAUAUUAUUAUUAAUAUUUAUCACAUUAUUCUUCGCAUGAACGGAGCAAGUGACUGUGAACCGGAGCAGCUGUGAUUUAAUGACCAUCUCUAAUAGCCAGCUGUUAUAAACAAAGUCUUUGCUUUUAACGAUGUGAAUCAAAACUAUGGAGACAGCGGAGAUCCACAUUGACAUCAACUCCCAGACGUGCCGCGUCUGCCUGGAGACUCACGAAAUCAAUCUCUGCCUCCACGAUGAGAUCGAGUACAACGACCUAAGCAUGGAGCUCUGGCAGCUCUUGGAAUCCGUCUCCAAAGCUAAGUACCCAUGGACGGAUCCCAAUCUGCCGCUGCAGCUGUGCCAGAACUGUACACGCCGCCUGAUCAGUACCUACGAGUUCAUCCUGGAGGUGGAGAGCGCGCAGGAGACUCUGAAAAACCUGCAGCAGGAGGUGGCUGCCAAGCCGGAGGAGGAAGCCCAUGUGGAGGUAGUGGAGCUGAUUGGCCAGGAGAGUGCAGUGAAUAUGGAAGGUUUCCUGCCCGCCUCUUACGAAGAGCAGCAGGUGGAACUCGAGGAGUUGGGUGACCAGGAUACUUCUGCCGUUUUCAAUUUGGAGGCGGAAGAAGAGACUUUUUACGCUGACGAGGAUCAAGCAGAGGAAGCGGAGGAGACCAAUCGGCUGCAUUUAUUAUCAGAGGAACCUGAACUCAAAGAACUGUCCCAUCCGCGAGCUUCCCAGCUGGGCAGCCGUCUGGCCCACUCGGAGAACUUCAUCUACAAGUGCUCCGUCUGCCCACGAGUCUUUGCCAAAAGCGAAUCUCUGUCCCGGCACUUUUCGCACGCCCACCGUCUGACGGCGGAUGUGGCCGCUUUGAAUCUGGCCAACGAGAGCAGCGGCACGGGUCUGCUGACCUGCAAGCACUGUCCGCGAUCAUUCAAGCGCCAGGACACUCUGCGCCGCCACAUGCAGGCAUUCCAUCCCCACGCAGCGACUUUAGAAACGGAGACGCCGGAGAACUCUGGCCGGAAACGUGUCGCAAAGCGGCGAGAUUGUCCGUACUGUGGCCUCAGCUUUCCCGUGUCCAGCCUCACCAUCCACAUACGCCGACACACCGGCGACAACCCGUACAAAUGCUCCCAGUGCGAAAAAGCUUUCCCGCGCAGCCAGGACUUGAGCCUGCACAUGCGUUGGCACACCGGAGAGCGUCCCAGCGAGUGCAAGAUCUGCUCCAAGAAGUUCAUCUCGCAAAACAAGCUGGCGCGCCACAUGCGUCUGCAUACGGGCCAAAGGCCCUACUCGUGCGACCGGUGCAGCAAGACCUUUGUGCAAUCCAACGACCUGAAGAUCCAUAUGCGACGUCACACUGGCGAGCGACCGUAUCAGUGCGGAACGUGCGGAGAGAGCUUUGUGUGCGGCUCGCACCUGAACAUUCACCGCAACCGAAAGGGUCAUCACGAGGAUGUAAUUCCGGGCAGUGGAGCCGAAGGCGACCUUUCUGCGGAUCCCUACGUUAACGCCAGGGUCAACAAGCGGCGGGCUGAGGAUAUUGAGCGCAUGCGACUGAAACGUCUUCCCGAGGAGCAAGUUCAGCAGCCACAGGCUGUGCUACCCAGCCCGGAGUUGCCUGCCAUGGCCUACAGAUGCGGUGUCUGCGAACAGAGCUUCAAGAGCGGAGCCCUCCUGACUAUCCAUCGCAAUAAAAUGAGCCACUACGAAAUUGGGAGGGUCUACGCAGAUCCCUUUGGGGAAAAGCAGAAAAAGCUGGAAGUCCAAUAAGAAUAGAAGUUAAGAAAACACAAAAGUGUAUUCAUUUAUAUAAUAAUGCCUUAUAGUGUGACACGAUUCCGGGAUAAGUUUUUUUUAAAGUUUAAUCUUGAUAUAUUCCAGAAAUUAUCAAAAUAACUCCAUAAAUAUAUACAUCAUUUUUUGAACAUUCAGAAAAAAAUAUUUCGUGGUAAAAGUGUGAAGUUUUCUAUAAACCAAAGAAAAUAAAGGUUUUAAGUUCUCUUUAAAUAAAUUAUUUAUUCAUCAUAUUGCUAAAACAAUUUGUUGCUAACUUAAGACUGGUUAAUACUAUGGUUUUUGUUUAGAAUAUUCAACGAAAACAUUCUAAUCAGUCUCAAAAACUUAAAAUAACUGAGAAUUAGCCCAUUGAUGAACAGGAACUAG